GAUAAUAAUGGCUUCAAGGACUUAUUAAGUAUUAGACGAGGCCUUCGAAAUAUUCCAUUACACUGAUUCUAUGGAUCAUUUUAAUUUUGCUCCCUCCGACCGCACAGAUGCAUCGUAGAGCUUCGAGAUUGAUCCACGUUCUUACAAUUGUUUGCGCCGAUUUACUCUCAGGCUGCUAUUACGGCUUCCCGUCCCCAUCUCCGGCGCCGGAUAUCCUCCGGGUGUGACUUUCUCAAGCUCGUUGGAAGGAUACAAUGAUUCGAGUGACCUCACCAGUAAUCGUCGAGGAUCAUGGACAGCGGUUCAACAAGAAACCCAAUUCAAAAGUACCAUCAAGAGAUGAAAAAUCUGUCCGAUUCCGUCAGAGCGACAUCUUCUCCCCAAUGCCCGAUCAAUUGUUGGUCUUAACCUUCGGUCGUGGGACAUUAUCAUGCAGCCACCGACAGAUGCCAUCCUUUGCAUUCAGUUUUCGCAUCUGGCUCUCAAAAAUGCCUGAAUGCCAUACGUCUCGACUAACUCCUCCACUAGUCUCAGUGGCGAGGCGCUGUGGACUGGACAUGGUAUUCUUAACACUCAUUCCGCUCACUAAUACAACCCUCGUCCCAGUCCCACCCGCAUCUCUGGACGCAUACCCUUGGUAUAGAUGUGCUUCCUUCGUAUUCUCCAUUGCGGUGUUAUCCUUCACCCUUGGAAUAUGGUUGGGUGUUCUAUGGUUGCGGUGGAUGUCGGAGAAUCUCUCAGCAGGGAUCCUGGAUUUGGAGGGGGCGAAUUAUCCUUUGGAAACCGAUUCCGCUUUGCGGGAUACGGAUGUGGUCUGGAGAGAUGGAGAAAGAGAUUCAACGCUCGCAAUAGAAAAUCGCAAAAGUGGUAUUCUUAAGAACUGACAUUCCUUCGGCCGGAUACCGCUAUUUUCCAAAGCAAAACACGCUGGCUCGAGUCAGAUGCAAUCCAGAAGUCAAUGCUUAUAUUACAACAGAUGGCUUGUAAGGAGACAUUACAGUACAAGAACUAUCCUAUGAACCCACAUCACCAUUCAUGCAUCUGCAAUUCGUGGCAUUAUUCGUGCAACGGACAUCAUCAUUAUCAUC